UGUCUGUCCACAACUGUACUACUCCCAUGGAGGAGCAGCAGCACCGUCUGUGGAUCAGUUAGUUUUGCAGCCUAGGUGUAUAGCAGGCUGUAUUUCACGCCCAAACGCAGGUGAAGGAAUGUCGCCACCGUGAAAAGGUCAAUAUGUCUACUAAAGGACAUCUACAGGUUUGUCAACGUAGAUCCCUGAUGUUUUCAUUCUGCUGCCAGUCUGUUUAGUUAGUUAACCCAUCUCUUCCUGGAUCAGACCACCAUCACCCUGCUGCACGACACCCUGAGACCCCCCUCAGACACCUGGCCAAUCGCUGGCUCUGAACAGAGUUGCCAUGGACACUGAGUCUAUCCAGUCUGGCUACUCCAGCCACUCCAACAGAUCCAACAGACAUGGGGAGCAGAGUCGGCGUGAGCAUCGUAAGCUUAGCAGUAAGGACAGUAGCCGGUCGGAGAGGUCUGUCAUCAACACCCCCGACGGGCCCACUCAGGCCUCCCCCACCCACAACAACGAGCCCCUGCUGAAAGAGCCCACCUCCGUGACUGGAGACGAGGCUCCGAGCCUCCAGGAUGAUAACUGGGGGGAGACCACCACCACGGCGGUGACCGGCACCUCAGAGCUCAGUCUAUCCCAGGAGGAGGUGGUUGGUCUGUGGAAGGUACCGGACGACGGCCAAAGGCAGGGCUGUCGGCUCUACACUCCCCUGGUUCUGGGCUUCUGUGUGGGGCUACUGGUCCUUGCCACCCCCCUGGCCUUCCUGGUCCUCCCGGCAGUGCUGUGGCCAGCCAGGCUGCAGGCCUGUGGCUCUGCCUGUGAGGGCCUCUUCCUCUCUGUGUCCUGUAAACUCCUCAUUCUCCUGCUGGCUGUUUGGGCUAUCUUCCUGCGCCAGGCCAGUGCCAGCCUGCCCAGAGUGUGUGUAUAUCGAGCCCUCCUGGCCACGCUCACGCUGCUGCUCACACUCUCCUACUGGCUGUUCUAUGGGGUCCGCAUCCUUGACUCACAGGAUGAGGACUACCAGGGUAUCGUCCAGUUUGCUGUGUCUCUGGUGGACUCUCUGCUGUUUGUCCACUACCUGGCCAUCGUACUACUGGAGAUCAGACAUCUCCAGCCCUGCUACAGCCUGUGUGUUAUACGCUCCACUGAUGGGGAGACAAGUUGCUACAACCUGGGACAGCUCAGUAUUCAGAGGGCAGCUCUGUCUCUGCUAGAGUUCUACUACAGAGACUUUCCUCUUCAUAACCCCGCCCUUCUCUCCGCCUCCAAGCACCGUGCCGCCAAGCACCUGGCUGGCCUCAAGGUCUACACCGUGGAUGGCCCAGGCAACCCGGCGGGGCCGGCAGAGGGGUCGGGGGGACUGAAGGUGGGGGGCAAGUCUCGGACCAUGAUCUCUGCAGCAGCCAGGCACAAAAACACCACUCAUAACGAGCUUUACUACGAAGAGGCAGACUAUGACAGACGGGUCUGCAAACGCAGAGCCAGGCUAGUGGUGGCUGUGGAGGAGGCCUUCAUGCAUGUGAGGCGGAUGCAGCAGGAGGAGCAGAAAGUGUCCCCCGGGGAUGUGAUGGAUGUACGGGAGGCAGCCUCGGCCAUCUUCCCCUCCAUGGCCCGCGCCCUGCAGAAAUACCUCCGAACCACCAGGAGGCAGCACUGCCACAGCAUGGACAGCAUCCAGAGACACCUGGCCUUCUGCCUCACACACAACAUGAGCCCCAAGGCAUUCCUUGAGGCCUACCUGUCCCCUGGUCCUACGCUGCAGUACGGUCAAGAGCGCUGGAUGGCUGAUCGGUGGACUCUGGUCAGCGAGGCUGCGGUCACCAGCAGUCUAAAGGAGGGCAUGGUCUUCUCCCUUAGGUGUCUAGACUUCAGCCUAGUGGUCAGGGUCAAGUCCAUCCCCUACAUUCGAAUGACCGAGGAGUAUGUUGACCCCAAGUCACACAAGUUUACCCUGUGUCUUCAAUCUGAAACAUCAGUCUAACAGACACGAAAGACUGUGGCUAUUCUAGAAUUACAGUAUCAUACAAUUUUUGUAUGUUUUUUUGUGUUAUGUUUCUUAAACCCUUUUUUACUUUGAUAUGCUCUUAUUGUGGUAUUUUGUGUCUCUUAAAUUAUUUAUAUUACUGUUUUUUAUAAAGAUUGUUUUGGCUGCUUUGCAAUUUAUUUUAUUUUAUUGUAUGUAUUUUUUAUGAACAGAUGCAUAUGGAAUAUUGCAAGAUGAAGUGUUAGCAUAGUUAAUAAACCCUAUGGAUCCCCAGCCUAUAGCUUCUUUGCAGUGAAGAUGAGAGAGAUAGCGAGAGAUAGGCAAUAUGCUCUGGUUUCUAUUGUCCUGAGGCAAACUGGAACACUGAAUUAUGUCAAGGUUUUUUCUAUGCACUGUAGAUGACCCCUGCAGCAUUUUUGUUCUCCCUCUCUGUGUGUGUGUGCGUGUGUGCGUGUGUGUGUGUGUGUGCGUGUGUGUGUGUGUGUGUGUGUGUGUGUGUGUGUGUGUGUGUGUGUGUGUGUGUGUGUGUGUGUGUGUGUGUGUGUGUGUGUGUGUGUGUGUACACAAACUGUAUCUACACACAAUCUGGCUCUACAUGUACCUGUCUCUGGAUCCUCCCUAGGGUUGCUAUAGCAACAGUGAGUAUUUUCAUAUCUUUCGCCCUACUAAUAUGAAUGAAAUACUACCUAAUCACCAACAGUUCAGGUUCAGUUGUCUCAAACUAAAGACUGCUUGUCUUUACCGCCAAUGGAUUGUACAUGUGUUUGUAUUUAUUUAAACGUGUGGGUUCUUUCCAUUUAAUUGAUAAAUGUCUUACUUGUCUGGCUGCCCACAGUUAUGUUCAGCCACUGUACUACCCAGGAUUCCUAGGCAUAUCUGUAAGAGGUUGUCAGAAUCUGUUGUACUCAAACUCAAAGCGGACUAUUGCUAGAUACUGUCCUCUAACCAUGAACUCACAGUUGAAAGAACAAACAAGCUGGGAGGGUGAGAGGGAGGGAGAGAGAGCAUUUAUACAGACAUAUUCUAUACUUUUGGCAUCUAAUGAGGAGACAUAUGCAAUAGAUUUGUGUCUUAUCUCCAGAUGAAAUAAGCUAUUAUUACAUUUCUACAGAACCUAUCCCUUAAAGCUAAGUGAAACAGAUGCAGGCUCAAGUUUGUCCAUCUUCAGAUUGAAGAGAAAACAACAGAUGAAACGAUGGUACAAUAUCCUCUCUUUUAUGAGAGUUUGAGAAGAGAAAACACAGAAGUAGCUGUGGUAAUGUAUUUUCUUCCAGACAUGACUGACUGAUCUGAUACCACCAAUCAAUAUCACAUUUUUUUAUUGGUCACAUACAAAUAUUUCGAAGAUGUUAUAGCGGGUGUCGCGAAAUGCUUGUCUAUCUCCAAGACUGCAUACACAUAUCUACAUGUCCUGGAACUGAUUCCAAUAGGCCCAGGUGAUACAUUUCUAAUAUAUUUUUUUUUUAACAUUUGGAUAUUGGAUACGGUAUAUUCCUCAGUAUUGAUGUGCAGACAACAGUCUCAUAGUGAGGGAUCUCUACAUUCACAACAGAAGCUGUAGUGCCAUCUAGCUACAACUAGUAGUACUACCACUGCUAUGGGAUUUUUAUACUAAUCUGUGGACAGUAUUUAUUUCUUUUUAUAUAGAAUUUUUUUUAUCCAAAUCUUCCCUAUUACAUGUGCUUAUUUUUCAAGACUAUGAUAAUGAAAUUGUUAGCAAUUGUACAAUCAUUGUUGUCACUAAAAAGUUAAAUGUUGAGGAUUUUAUAGUGUUGAAAUCAUGGUUGUGAAUUUUGUUUGAAUACCGUUCGAAUUCAUCCUUUAUUCCUUGUUUUCUUGAGGUAAUCGCAAGUCGUAAGUGUUGGAUAGAUCAAAGCAAGAUUGCCAACCAAUGCUUUCCGUCAUACAACCAAUUCAGAUAUGUGACUACUUAAAGGAAGUGUUUGAAUGGGGCCUUUGUCUCCUGUUAUGCAUCCUUCACUACAAAGGUGCCUAUGUUUUGAAACACAUAUGUUGUAUGCUCAACUUGUUUGUGUUAUUGUAUGCAAGAAUUUUCGUCCUAUAGAGAGAGUGUGUGCGUGCGUGCGUGCGCCAGCCAUCCUAAAUUUCAUACUGACAAAUUCAGUCUUAAGUUUUUGCUUUAAGAUUACAGAUAUGGAAUUACAAUAACUGUAUCAAGAUUCACAUUUGUAAAAUAAAUAUUUGUAUGAACAUUUUCAA